AUGUGGUUGGAAGAAUCAGAAGCUAAUGUACGUGAUGUAUUCAAUAAAGCUCGUCAAGCAGCAUCAUGUGUAUUAUUUUUUGAUGGAUUAGAUUCUAUUGCUAAAUCUCGUGGUGGUAGUGCUGGUGAUGGUAGUGAUGCAGCUGAUCGUGUUUAUAAUCAAAUUUUAACUGAAAUGGAUGGUAUGCGUGCAAAAAACAAUGUUUUUAUUAUUGGUGCUACCACUAGACAAUUUAUUAUUGAUUCAGCUAUACUUCAACCAGGUCGUCUUGAUCGUUUGAUUUAUAUUCAAUUACCUGAUGAUAAAUCUCGUAUGGCUAUACUUAGAGCUCUUUUAACAGAAUUACCAGUAGCAGAAAAUAGUCUUUUAAGUUUAUUAGCAAAUAAAACAAAAGACUUUAGUGGUGCAGUUUUAACAAAAAUUUGUCAACCUACUGUACUUGAAAUUCGUCCUAAUCAUUUUGAAGAAGCUAUAAAUUAUGUACAAAGUUUAGAAAAUGAGCGUGAUAUACCUAAAUAG